AUGAUCACGCCGGGACACAACCAGGAAAUCGUCGAUUGUUUUGGGUGAAAGAAGAGGAAGAGGAGCAGAUGAGCUAACUCCCGUUUUCAGCCAUGUCUCUCUACCAGAGCUGCUCGUUUUGUGUUUUGCUGGUGACGCACUUGUAUCCGCUCGUCGCCACGGACCCGGCGGCGGACGGAGUGAAGAGCGGCUCGCCUGUCUUCGUGGCCGCGGCGGGCCCCUCGUCCUCCGUCCGUCUGCUGUCGUCGUUCCCCGACGACCUGGAGAUCAGCGACUACUGCAACGAGCUGCUGCACGUCUUCGGGCAGCGGUACGUGGCCUACGUGAACUGCCUGGUGCCCGCCGCCCGGCCCGUCAGGGUGUGUCAGAACUGCUUCUCCAGCUACGGAAGCCUCGUGGACACCUACACCAACAUCUCGUCGGACCAGAUGGGCCCCGGCAACGUGAGCUGCAGAGACAGUCUUCUGCGCAGCGAUCGGCUGAUGCUGGUUUUUCUGCUGUACAGCAACCUGAAAGGCCUGUGGGACAAAUCGGGCUGUGACCACUGUAUCACUCAAGGGUUUCUGAGCCUGACCAACGACACGCAGUACUUCAUGACAACUCUCAACCAAACUCUCACUUGCUUUGAGAAGUAUCAGCUGGGGAAUCACACGGAGCUCUGCAAAAACUGUAAGGGCACAUACUUAGGCCUGAGCGAGCUGUACGGCCGGAUGGAGAAGAAUCUGACUCUGUGCAUUGACAUCGAGGAUGCGAUGAAUGCGACGCGCAAACUGUGGAGUAAGAAUUUCAAUUGUUCCAUGCCCCGCGAGGAGACGGUGCCGGUCAUCGCCGUGUCCAGCUUCAUGCUCUUUCUGCCCAUCAUCUUCUACUUGAGCAGCUUCCUUCACUCGGAACAAAAGAAACGCAAGCUCAUACACCCCAAGCGAGCAAAGUCGUACACCAGCUUGAUGAACAUUCAGGACAAACUGAGUUCAGCAGCAGAGACGUGAUCGGGAAAAUAGAGGACAACAAAGUUACAACCUGGGAGUAGAUUUGACUUCUCACUGUCUAGUGCCUGAGGCCCGACCGACCUCGACAGCAGCUCUGCUGGUGGUUUUCAGGUGAUACCGAUCAGUAUUCAAGGACUUCAAGGAUCUAAUUAAAUAAAAGUGAAAUGCACUGGAUUAUUUUUAUUGCACAAAAAAAACGGACUUUGGUUCACAUUAAACAUCAGAUUUCUUAUCAUGACGACCGUAUUCUGAAAAUAUAGUAAUAUAGAACAAAAACAAAUAAAUUGAGAAAUUGUCCGUAUACUGAUUUAUAGUCUGCCUCUUAAUGCCGGAAUUAAAGAUCAGCUUUGUUUGUUUUUUUAAAAAAUAUGUCAGACUUAGUAAGUACUAUUUUGGAUUUUCUAUGAGAUGGGAUUUGUGCAGGCAGCAUUGUCGCUGUUGCUGCGUGCGUGCGUGCGUGCGUGUGUGCGCACGCGCGCGUUUGUGCAAGUGAGCUAAUGUGUGUAUGUGCUCUAUUUAUGGGUUUGGUUGAGAAAAAGGUUUUCAGUCUCUAAUAUAUGUCCAGAAGAGAGAGAGCUGCAAAAAAAAAGGAAGCACUUGAUGUCCAUUAGUGGUGACAUGUAUCUGCUGUAAGAAGAGGGGGCGCACAUCAGGAAGGGUGGGUUGGGGGGUGGGCAGGUAGAUAAAGACAUAACACAUAAUGUAAGAGCACUCUAACAUUGUGAUAUUACCUGUUUUCCAGGCAGCGUGUCUUUCUUGUGGUCUCAUAAAGCUUUUAAUGUGCUCUGUUGUCAUUUCCCUGCUGAUGUUUAACUUAAUUUGUGAAGGGGGUUUCUGAUCGCUCUGGACGGCCCCGAGCCUCCUCCGACAGAUAUGUUGAGAUGUGAGUGUCAAAUUUGAUGUAUAUUCCUAUUAAUUUGCUGUGAAGAUGCGUUGAUCCCUAAUUUCCACAUUAGGUCAAAAUAAAUAUUUUUGAUGUCACGAACAUGAA